AAGGAUGGUAAGCAUGAUGGAAGACUCGGCCUUUUCUCGUUUCCUUUGCGCAAAGAAGUCUUUCCGACAAAACGAAAAAAAAAUCCCAUUUUUCUACUCGGCGGCAUCGAAUCCCAGUCUUUCCGAUCCCUUAGAUUAGAUCUCUCAUUCGCAACGAUUCCAAAACCAAAACCCUAGAUCUUGACGACGAACCUAGCCACCCCUCUCGAUUCCUCAAUUUCUCCGACGCCGUCAAGUAAGGCCCUUGGUUCUCGAUCCGGUUCGUCCUUUCCUGACUCCCCGGUUUCGUUUUGCCUGAUUCGUUCUCAAAAUCCUUGUCCUCCGAGCUGAUCCAAUGGAGGCAAAAUUUUAGUGAGGCUGGUUACUGCCAGAACUGCUUUGAUCAAUCCUUGACUACUUGUAUCAGUAGCCACUAGAGGUCCAGAUGGAUGCUGAAUCUCAGCACCUAUCCCAUGAGCCCAUGCUGUCACUGGAGCAUGCACAACUAAGUAGCAAUUCAUUUCGUCAUUCCAGCCAACAGGAGGCACACUGCUUGGUAUGCAGAAGAGCUUUCUCUCUGGAGGCUGAGGUGAAUGAGGGCUUUGAAGCAAUAUCCAUAUGCAGAGAGUGUAAAAUUAUGGUUCUUGAAGAUAAUGAGGGAAAUAUCACCUUGAGAGAUAUUCGCCGGAGGAGGCGACAGAGAGGAAGAUCCAGGUUUGGUAAUUCAGAAUCGAUGGAGGACUCAUUCUCACAGCAGUUCUCUCAUCUUAUCAAUUUGGCCAGCCAGAAUCACGAGUCUCUUUUUGAAGGUGACACUUCAGUUACUGUCCGGCAGCAUGCAAGAUAUUAUGCAGCUCGGAGCAGGUCUCGAAGACGGCAUAGGGCUUUAUCUGAUAAUGAUAGUGAUGGUCUCGAUCACGUGGACUCCAUGUUUGGCGAGAGUGAUUCCAACUUAAGUUUUGGUGGCUAUGGAGGAGACUCAGAUGCUUCCUUGGAUAGAAAUAGUUUACUCGAUAGAGAAAUAUUCUUUCCACCUGACAGUGAGAGCUAUGUCUUCACAGAUACAGAUAUUGACCCAAUGCAUGCAGGUCUGGACCAAUGGAACUCAGAUGACCAAGAUGAAGAAGAUGGAGAGUGGGAAGACGCUGAUUUCGAUGAAAAUAAUGCUUUUGUGGAUCAGCAUCAGCAGUUCCAGGAUGCUAAUAGUAGUCCAAGUGGUAUUGGUGAGAGUGAGAGGGGAGCUCAAGAUGGUGCCUGGGUUAACUGGAGGAUGGGGGCAAGCCAACAAGUACAUUAUGUUGAUAUUUUUGCUGACUUAGAGUCAGACCUAAGACCGCCCUAUGUUGGGAAUCCAGGUGACUAUCUUGAUGCAAGAGGUUUUGAGGAGCUCCUUGAGCAGCUUGCAGAAAAUGAUGGUUCAAGAAGAGGAGCACCACCUGCAGCAGCAUCUUUUGUGGCAAGUCUUCCUUCUGUGAUCAUUUCCAUGGACCAUGAGAGGAAUGGUAGCUUGAUUUGUGCAGUCUGUAAGGAUCCGUUACCCAUCAAUACUGAAGCAAAGCAGCUUCCUUGUAAGCACUUGUAUCAUCCGUCCUGCAUCUUGCCGUGGUUAGCUGCAAGGAAUUCAUGCCCGGUUUGCAGGUAUGAACUUCCAACAGAUGACCCAGAAUAUGAGGGAAAGAGGAGCAUGAUGAGCAGAAAUGAAGUGCACGAUACCCAGCAGCCGGACCCAGCUGAGGAAAGUUCCUAUGAAGUAUUAAGUGAGAUGGAAACUGAUGAAGGUCAUGAACCCAAUCAUGGAAGAGUGCAGCAGGGUGGUUCAGAAGAUACCGCGCAAAUAGGAGAUGGAUCGAGCAGAGAGAGUAGCAGAGGUGGAUGGCUGUUUCUUGCUGCUGCCCCAAUUGUUAGUAUAGUUGGUAUGGUUCUAGUUCUAUGGUUUCGAAACCCUAGGAGUGAAGGAAGGAUCCACUGCAAUACUCGGGAACCAGAUUCCCAGCAGCUUCACAGGUCUCUGAGCACCAGAGCUGCAGCUGAUAGAAACAGGAGAUGGUGGUCUAUUUUUUAAGUGUAAUCACUGUUCAAUUUAUGUAUUAUUUGAUUGUACUGGUUUUCUUGUUUGCGACAGUUCUUUGUGCUGAUACUUCUGUAAAGUUUCAUAUUGGAGUGUGCUUUCCAUGCGUGCCAUUUUUUAA